AUGCUCUCCAGAGUUCUUAGAAACAAUGUCUCAGGUUUCAGCACGAAUUCCGUCUCUUCGGAGCCUUUCUUCGAUCCUCCAAAGGUGAGUUUCCGGCGAAUUGGGGUUUUCUCCAGCCAGAGGUGCUUCUGUAAAGCUCGGGGAAGCAAAGGCCUAUCCUCACAGAUCUAUAAACAAAUCGCGACCGUUGAUUCCGAAAGGUUCAGAAAUUUGAUCCAACCGUCGUGGCCGCCUGUGGGUAUUCAAGGAGGGCCUGAGCGCCAGGAGCUUUCAAUCUGUCCUUGUUUCCAUACAACGGCGCCGCCAAGAAUUUCCAGACUAAACCCUUUAGAAGCGAGUUGUGUAGUGAGUGACUCGAGAUCUGCUGGAUUUUGGAACUCCGAUGCUUCGUGUCUUGGCAGGUGCAUUGUUCGAAUGGAUGGUGAUAUGAAUACUCGUCGAAAUGGCGAAGAGCCGGAGGAUGGAGGUGUGCAUUCGAUUGGGAGUAAUGGCGGGAGUUGUGGCGUUGGCGAUGACUGUUUUGGAAAUAGAUCGGCGUGUAAGGAGGCCGAAUUGGCGCGAAAAAGAGACGGCAUUUAUGAGGGUGACGAGGUUCUCCACGUGGAUGGGAGUGUGGAGACAAACCAAAACAAGAAAAGGCUGAAACUGGCGCCGCAAUCGACUGAUUUGGAAACAAAUGAGGGAUGUUUGGUUGUUUUUACAGCAGUGACGUGUGAUUCUCCGAUCCCGAGUGAGAAAAGUGCGGCUCCUGGAUACGCGGUGUUGUGUUUGGAUCAGAAAAAGUGUUCUAAUUAUGACGUCAUCGGCGAAAAGAAAAAUGAGAUUUGUGAUGCUAAAAAUGAAUCCGAGUCUGCUGCAAUCGAUAGAAUUGAAUUCCCGAGAAUCUCGUUGGAUUCUUGCGAGAAUGUCACUCCGGCCCGAGCCGUGGACGUGCGGAAGAAGCUUCUUGUUCUUGACAUGAAUGGCUUAUUGGUCGAUAUCUGUCCUUACGUACCUUACGAUUGUGAUUGGGAUGUUAUAAUACACCGGAAAGCAGUUUAUAAGAGGCCGUAUUGUGACGAUUUUCUCAAGUUCUGCUUCGAGAAGUUUAAUGUUGGUGUCUGGACGUCGCGACAAAAAUGGAACAACGAUCCGAUUCUUGAUUUUCUUUUAGGGAGUGAUAAGGACAAGCUGCUUUUCUGUUGGGAUCAAUCGCAUUGCACGAACACCGGAUUCAACACAAUCGAGAAACGGCACAAACCUCUUCUUCUAAAGAAGCUGAAGAAGCUGUGGGACAAAUCUGAGCCCGACCUUCCAUGGGAGAAAGGAGCUUACGACGAAACGAACACACUCUUGUUGGACGACACUCCUUACAAGGCCCUGUUGAAUCCCCCGUUCACCGCAGUCUUCCCUUACAGCUACAAGUUCACAGAUAGAGCAGACAAUUCGUUAGGGCCGGGAGGGGAUCUGCGCGUCUACUUGGAAGGUUUGGCUGCUGCGGAAAAUGUUCAGGAAUAUGUGAGGCGAAACCUGUUCGGGCAGAAGGCGAUCACGGAAAGAAAUCUGUCGUGGGGAUACUUCCGGAAGGUGAUGGAAGCUGCCGGUUCGAGCACUCCGCCGCGGCAAUCCGAGGUUGUCGAGGUCGAGGAUGCCUGAAUCUCGGACCUCGAAUGUCUGCGUGUGUGUAUCUGAGUGUAUGGGCUUGUAGGAAAACUCAUUUUUGUCCUACAGAAGAAGAAGAUGAAGAAGAAAGAAGUAUAGGAACGAAGAAGUCGCCAUGUUUAUGUAAGUUGUAAUAUAAACUCGUGUGAGUUGUGUUGUUUAUUGAGGCUUCUCUCUCUAUAUACAUAUAUAAAUUAUAAUCGAGAAUGUGGUUGGGGAAUUUUUUAUUUUAUUUUGUUACUCUAUAUAUAUAAUGACUUAUAGGAUGUUGUGUUGA